AUGACUGCCCACGUCCCUCCCAUGUGGUGUAGAUCAUUUACCAGUAACGAUAACGUCGACCAUUGGGGGAGUGUUGAAACGUGGAACAUUGCCCUGGCCAACGUUAAGAUUGCAAUCUCGACCUAUCAGGUUCUUUACGAUGCGUUGGUCCACAGGACGCCGCGCCAGUUUUACGCGCAGCUGUUACAAUUUACGAACCAACUGUCGAUUGAGCCACGAGUGCCGUUGCGUAGCUCGCUGGGUAAUACAAACGGGUCACUGAUACUAGAAAGACUACGUGAACUUCUACAAUCACCACAUGAACAAAAUGGAAAUUCGAAGAAGUCACAGAGACAACUCACUCGCUUUGGUAACAAGGCGGAAACAAUAGGCAGGGAGCUAGGAUCUUGGGCCGCUACGAAUUACAUUCAGACGUCAAUUACUCAAUUCAAAGAACACAUGCGAUUGAAUGCCGAGAUAACACACACUCCGAGCCCCGAGCAAGAAUAUACCAUGGAAGUGCUUUGUAAGCUAGGUAAUAUUGAACAUUACGGGGGGCUGGUUCACUCUGAUAAUAUCUCACCCAUGAGCGAAUGUUUACUUGAUACGUUGAUCAAGGAACAUAGGAAAGGAUUCCGUGCUCUGAUAUUUGUCUCGCAGCGAGCCACUGUACUGGCAUUGAAAUGGCUGAUAGAAAAUCACCCAGGAACACGCAAACGACUUCGUUGCGGGACAUUUGUGGGUAUGUCCCGGAUUCACCAAAGCAAAACCGAGCUCGGCGAUGUUCAUGACAUUAGAAGCCAAAUGGAAACGCUUCAAAAGUUCCGGGAUGGGUUACUCGACCUCAUUAUAACCACUGACGCACUGGAGGAAGGAAUAGAUAUACCGGCGUGCAACACAGUCCUGAACUUCAACUGUACCUUGAAUUUAAAAUCAUUCAUUCAGCGUCGGGGGCGCGCACGGAGAGAGCAUUCUAAAUUCAUCAUCAUCCUUCGAGAUGAAGAGGACUUAGAAAAUGUGUUCCACCUGGAGUCUUUGGAGCGUGAGCUGGUUCGAAAACUUCAGGAUGACGGAAGGACAGUGGCACCAGACAACUCGAAAGAUGAUGAACAGCUCAGAGACCAGUUAGUUUUCAGGUCUUCCACAGGAGCCCAAAUGACAAUGGGAAAUUCCAUUAGCCACCUGUAUAGGUUCUGCUCGGAAUUGCCAGCACAACUGUUUGUGAACAACAACCCUGUAUUUAGCUGCGAGAUGGACGAGUGCGGCCAGGCACAGGCGGUUGUCAGGUUACCCAGCAACCUUGACGCAUCUCUUCAGACCUUCAAAAGUCUCAGGAAAUGGGCGAGGAAAAGGUGGGCAAAGGAAGAUGCAGCCCUGCAAGCAUACAAAGGCUUGUUCCACGCUGGGCUCAUCAAUGAUCACCUUCUACCAUUGCGAGUGUCAGACAUUAUUGAAAAGACUAUCCCGCCAAGGUCGCACUACCUCAUACCUGGGCAGCUAGACCCUUGGUAUGAUGUUGCUUUACUCUGGUCUCGAAGAGGGGAGCUCUUUCGUCAUGAGCUUCGCAUUGUUAGACCACAGAAAGAGGACAUUGAACUUUUCAUGAUUCUCCCAGUCCCACUGAAGAUGGAUAUGCGUAUUCCAUUAUUUCUAAGUUCCAACAUGGAGUAUACGGCGGUCGUCAGCUCGGCUAGGGCAAUUUCCACGGACAUUUCGAUAUGUCAACAGGUGACACGUUUAAUUCUACAGUCCGUACAUCAAGGCCACGGGCCCCAAUCAAACACAGAUUAUGUUAACAUAAUUGUCCCAAACAUGGAUCCCGUUGGGAUGUCUGAUUUCUUCGAGGCUCAUUCCGGAAGGACAAGCCUGGCCGUGUGCUUACAGCAGCGCCGAAAUGUGCCCGGUUCGAUCGGCCUCUUGCGCCAUGUUACAAAGGCCUGUCGUCCACUUUGUAUCGAAGUCAUAGAAGGACACGAGAACCAGGGCCCUCAUAGAGAUGGGGCAACCCUACCAAUUAGAGGCAAGAUACAUCAAUUGACUCGACGUCGCAACUUUCUCAAUGAGCUAAAGACGGUAACAUCCACACCGACAGAUAAGCUGCAAUCCACAAGUUUGGUCGGACAGGGAUUGAGCGAGUUGGCAGCUGAAGAUUACUUGGUAGAUCGGCUGCCGUCUAUCUAUGCUGAAGCUGCCCUGCUAGCUCCGAGCAUAAUUCACCAGAUUGGAGUAUAUCUGAUCGCGGAACGAUUAAGGAAAGAGAUCUUUUCAAACCCCCAAGCAGCUCGUUUUGAACGAAUGGACUUGCUAUGCAUUGCCCUCAGCCCAACCGAUGAUGCGCAUCGGCCCGAGUUUCGCUCUAUGGCGUUUAUCGGGGAUGCGAUCGCAAAGUUCCUCAUAACGAGACAGCUAUUUCUGCAUCAUACUCUGUGGCACGAGGGUCUUUUGACCAGCAUGAAGGAUUCCAUUGUGUCAGAUACAGGGCUCACAACGGCAAUUUGCCACUCUGGGUUUGGACCCUACCUGAUAACUACACGGUUCAACGGGAAACGGUGGCGGCCAGCUUUCGUAUCAACAACAUUGUCAAACCCCAGUCGAAACAGUCAGAGGCAGGUUGGUGCCGCUACUGUUGCUGAUAUGGCCAAAGCGUUGGCAGGUGCUGCCUAUCUGGACAACGGACUGGAUCAAGCAUUUAUAUGUGUAGCAGCAAUGAUCCCCAAGAUCAAAUCCUGGACUACGAUGUCUCUCUACGAUGGCACUUAUUCUAAGUCUCGGCCAUCCAAGUCACUGGGUGCCACAACCAUCGUAGACCUAGAGGGGCUCCUGGGAUACACUUUUUCAGAUACGAGUUUGGCAAUAGAAUCAAUGACACACCCGUCCUGUGUGGGACUCUACGGAACAACAUCAUAUCGACGUCUGUCAUUUCUUGGGGCUAGCAUUAUUGAGUUGGUAGUUGUCAGGUACUUACAUCGACAGAAGAGCUUUAUCAACUCUAAAAGGCUCCAAUCUUUAAAGUCAGCCGUUACAAACAAUAUGUUUCUCACCUUUAUUUGUCUCACAUUCUAUUGGGAGAAGGAGCACGAUACUAUUGAGGUUGAUAGUAUGGGCACCCCCAGGGUCAUUCGGACUAGAGACCGAGUGUUGCUUUAUAACUUUUUACGCUCACAGAGUAAGACUCUCUCUGCCAAGGUCUCUAGUCUAGAGGGCACUUUCACCAGUCACCUGCACAUCGUCAAGGGAGAUCUAUGGGAAAGAGGAAUAUACCCCUGGGCAGGAUUGAGUGCCUUUCGGGACCUCAAAGUGCUCUCCGAUAUUGUUCAGAGUGUUUUCGGUGCCAUAUAUAUCGACUCUUCGGCUAGCUUACAGAAGUGUGAGACUCUAGCUGAAAGAAUGGGCAUUCUGCCACUUCUUGAGCAUUUUAUAUCCCACAAUGUGGUGACAGACCAUCCCAAACGGCCAGCUCCUACCCAAAUGCAGAAUGUCUAG